AAGAAUCAUUUUCCAUUGAACUCUUAAAACAAAUUAAAAAAACUAAAGAGACAAACUCUUCAGAAGAACCCAUUUCUCUAAAGUUAGAAAAAAAAAAAACAAAGUUCUGUCUCUUUCUUACUUCACUUCACUUUAACAUUUAAGAGCUUAAUUCAGUUCUGUGUCACCACCUCUGCCUCUCGUCCGGGGAAAUUGGCUCUACUUUGAGUAGAUCACAAGCAUUUCAGUUUUUAUGCUAACUAGGCAUGGGCUUCAUCUGAUCCAGAGAUUCUUGUUUCGGAUUAUCUUGUAUUAUUUUAUUUAAAAUAUGAACGGAGGGUAGGUGAAGAGGCUAUCUAUAUAAGAAGGGAUAAUUUAGAAUCAGUGUCAUCAUAAACUAGGGCACAAAUUUAAGGGCUUAUAAUAUUCCUUAUUUUGCUUCUCUUUUAGCUUUACUUUUAGUUUUUCAUGGCUUCAUCGAACAGACACUGGCCUAGCAUGUUCAAAUCCAAGCCUUGUACUACUCACCACCACCAAUGGCAGCAUGACAUUAACCCAUCGUCCCUCGUAUCACCCGGUUGUCAUAGAACUCCUUAUGCACCAGGUACUGGAUGUGAAGAGAGAAGUCCAGAGCCGAAGCCGAGAUGGAACCCGAAACCGGAGCAAAUUCGGAUAUUGGAAGCGAUUUUUAACUCCGGCAUGGUGAAUCCGCCGCGAGAUGAGAUCAGAAAAAUCAGAGGGCAAUUACAAGAAUAUGGCCAAGUUGGUGAUGCUAAUGUUUUUUACUGGUUUCAAAACAGAAAAUCAAGAAGUAAACAUAAACUCAGACUCCUUCAAAACUCAUCAAAACAACAACCUCAAAAUUACCAAACAACCCCUCCGAUCACCACCUUAACAGCUCCUUCACCGUCAUCGUCAUCUUCAUCGGACAAAUCAUCGCCAAAAUGCUCAAAAAGAACUCUUUCUUUAACCUCACAAAAUGUUGCAGACAUGGCUAACUCUCCGACCGGUUCUGUGAAACAAACCUAUUUUCAACAGCACAACGAGUUUAUACCCGAACCGUUCUUCUUUCCGGUUCAACAGUCUGCUCAAACUGGCUCUUACACACAAGGGUUUUGUUUUUCUGAUCUGUCAAAUGUAGUACAGGUUCAAGAAAAUAACAUAAUUGGUCCUUGCACCAGUCUUUUACUGAGUGAGAUCAUGAGUUCUGAAAAUUCCAAAAAAGAUCUUGAUCAUCACCAUCAUCAUGAUGACAAUAAGAACAUGAAAUUGCAGUCUCAUCUGAAUUACACCGUCUCAACUGCUCCGAUCACUCACAGCAUUGGCCUUGCUACUGAUGCUAAUAGUGUUACUGUUGCAUCUAUCAACCAAGUUCAUCAAGGUAUAGGGGAGUCAGCCGGUGGAGCAGCGAGAUCAACGGUGUUUAUCAAUGAUGUGGCAUGUGAAGUAGGUGGGGGACCGUUCAAUGUGAGGGAAGCUUUUGGUGAUGAUUUUAUUUUGAUUCAGUCAUCUGGUCAUCCUGUGAUCACCAAUGAAUGGGGUGUCACUCUUCACUCCCUCCAGCAUGGAGCUUCCUACUAUUUGGUACCUUUUUCCAUCAGUGACCAUAUUUGAAGUUGAAAAGCAUAAUUAGGAGUUGGGCUAUAUGAUUUUCUUUGUUUCAUAUUUUUCUUUCUUUUAGAGUUUGAAUUAGGGUUUUAGCUACUUAAUUAUGAUUGUUUUAUCAAGAUCUUUGAUAAAACUAGAACUUGUGGACCAAUGUAUCUUAUUAAUUUCUCGAAUCGAUUAAUAUAUAUAUGGAAUAUGCUUGUCU